UACAAUGCCUAUUAAAUUAGUGUGUACUUAUCGUUCGAUUUUCUUAAAUUUUUCAAUUGAAAUUUACCUUUUACCCGAUUGGAGAACUGUUUGCAACCGCGUAACUAAAUAUUCAUCGGCAGGUUAUAGUCGAACGAAAGAUGUGUUCAAAAAUUUCUGCAGAAGUUUGGGAGAUUCGUCAACCAAUUGUGUUUGUGAUUCGGACGUAAUACCUCUUGAUUCGAAACACUCUUCGGCAAAUGGCGUCAUACCGUUAUAUAAAAAUCCCGAAGUAGAGCCCAAGAAAAUUGAGGAACCUCGUUCUAGAAAUAACAACACAAAAGCUAUCAGUGAUCUGAAGAAAUGCUUGCUUAAAAAAGCGGAGAAAAAGAUGUCGCAAAUUGUUCAUAAAGUUUCACGCGUGGAGAGUCGUUUGAACUCUCUGUUUCAAGGGGGAACGUGUUGCAGUUGUUGUAAGUGCGAACCACCUAAAGAAUCCACCGAUUCAAAUGAUCAUGUUAAUAAUAAACUCGAGGGGAAGUCCAAAUUAAUUGAAGUUGUGGAUUGUAAAUGCAAUAAGGAAAUUGAUAAUACAUCCACAGAGGUUCAAGAAGGAUCUCUACUCAGUGUUCAUUCUUCAGAACUAGAAUUAGAAGUACACGAUGAAAAUUUGGACAACAAGGAAUACACAGUUCAAGAUUUAUUUACAAAAGCUAAAGUCAGGACGCACAGAAUACAGGAUUCUGUUUGUAGUCGCCGGAAUAUUAAAUUGGACAAGUCAUAUGCGUCUUCGAAAUUAAUGAAAAGACAUAAAAAGUAUAAAGAUUCAAUAACUGAGGAACCAUACGAGGUUGUUUACAGAACAAAUAAUUCAACAGAUUUAUUUCCGAAAUCAAUAGACUUGUCAAAAUAUGCAUGUUUUUUUGUGUGAUAUUAUAAAUAAUGAAUAUAAAUAAUUUUGUCACUGUUUAA